AUGGGUGCCAUCUCGAUGCAUGUACCUGUUUAUGGUAAGCAACUUGGUAUUUCACCAUUAAUCAUGGGCAGCAUUAUCGCAAUUUUACCUAUUGCAUCUUUGAUUGGUAAAGUAAUACUCGGCUAUGUCGCUGAUUAUUUUCUCGAAUGGAGAAAAGCGAUUUUUAUGACAUUGUUUGCCAUAACAGGUGCAAGUUAUUUCUUGAUAUACUUUUUACCUGCCUUGCCUGGUCCAAUACUACCGGAUCAUGAGUUUAGAAAUGUCUCUUACGAGUCUUUAUUGCCUUGCGACGAGGACUAUCAUGCCGCAGCAGUGGCGUUGUGUAACGGUACGAAAGAUACAACAUGUCAUUGGGUAUGUAAGGAUAUGAACUUUUCGAUACGAUUAUCGUUUCACGCAAUCAACAAGGAAGCAAUUAUCUCAUCAGACACUACAUGCUUAUUAAAUAAUAAUGAAAUGUUGUUGUAUCAAAGAAAUGUAACAACAAAUUAUCAUUGUAAUGUUACGUGUGAUAAUUUCAAAGAUGAUCAAUGUCUAUAUACAUCUAGUACUUUCUGGGGUUUUGUUAUUUUGAUGUUUCUUGCUAAAGUUUGUCAUCAUGUGUCCGACAGCGUAAACGACACUAUUUGUUUCGACAUAUUAGGUGAAAUUGGACAAAUGAAAUAUGGCAGGCAACGAGUAUGGGGUUCCAUCGGUAUAUCUUUUCUAAUUUUUGUAUCUGGUUGUGCAAUAGAUUUGUGGUCGCAAGGAAAAGUUUACAAAACUUAUACACCAGUAUUCAUUUUACUGUUUGUAUUUAUUUGUAGCGAUCUUUUUUACUGUUGGAGAAAAUUAAAGUUGCCACUAUCAAAAUCGCCAAAUAUAUUGAAAAGUGUAUGUGCAAUUUUGAAAUUGAUACCAAUUGUUAUAUUUCUAUGUACCGCUAUAUCUGCUGGAAUUUUUGAAGGUCUCAUAUUUAACUUUUUAUUUUGGUAUAUAGAAGAUCUUGCUAUGGCAACUGGUUAUAUGGGUCAGGUUAAAAUAAUAGAAGGUGUAACAACAUUAACAUCUUUUUUUGGUAGCAAAGUAAUAUUCUUUUUUAUGUCCGGCGAAUUAUUGAAAAAGUUUGGAUAUGGUUACACACUUACAUUCUGUUUUUUAUGUUAUGCACUGAGAUUGGCAUUAUUGUCUGUAGUGUCAAUACCAUGGUUUGUAGUUCUGGUAGAAGUUAUUUUGGAAGGACCAUCGUUCGCGCUUCUUUAUGCAACAAUAGUAACAUAUGCGAGCAUAAUAUCACCCCCCGGCACAUCAGCUACUAUUCAAGGAAUUGCAGCUGGAGUUAAAAAUAGUAUUGGAUACGCAAUUGGUAGUUUUUCAGCUGGUUUCUUAUUCAAGGAAGUUGGUAGUCGAAUGACUUUAAAAAUAUAUUCAGGAUUAGCAGCAUUUUUUGCAUUAGUGUACAUUAUAGUUUAUACUUUAUACUUAAAACAUAUGACACUAUCAUCAGUCACACAAAACAAUGUUAAAUGGAAAAGACCUAACGAUGCCCAAAGAGAGUUAUAA